UUCCUGUCUCCCGAGGCCAUGUUUUCCAAGGCCACCGCCAACUUCGUGCAGCAGGUUGACCCCGAGGGGAGCCUCAUCCACGUGUCCCGAGUGAACAACUCGCACAAGCUGGUUCCCUUGGGGCUCGUUGUGAAGCGGAACCGGAUCUGGGUCUGGCAGAAGCCCAAGUACCAGCCCACCGACUUCACCCUCAUAGACUUGCUCCUGGAGGGCGAGGCGCUGGAACCUGGACUGACCGAGACCGAGUUCCUGACCUACGAGGGGACGUACAGCGACGACCACGGCGGGACGCUGCAGGCGGAGGCCGGCCCCGCCGACCUGACCCUGGGGGGCCGGGGCACCUCCAAGCUCCAGGCGGGACUCGGCAAGCUGAAGAAACAGGAGCUGGACGUGAAUAAGCUCCUGAUCGAUUCCCAGGGCAGGUCGGUGGACAUGAGCCACGUGCUGGUGCGGCAGCUGGAUAAGCGGGCCGAGGUGCUGGGCGUGGUGAAGGAGCGGAUCCUGACCACCAGCCCCUGCUCCAUCACCCUCAACAAGACCCAGCAGUGCGCCUUCCGGGUCGUGCUCCGGCUGCUGUGCCUGCUAGGGAGCUCCGUCAAGCUGGAGAUAAGGAAAAGCGGACGCUUCGACAUUUGCCUGCAACCCGGCACAAGCGGAGGCUUCGAGGAGGACUCGGCCUUCAGAUCUAUAUCACCCGGUGACACGGUCGACGGCAAAAUCAACGACCGCUCCAUUCAAGGGGAAGCGCCGCCCAGCAAUCUCCACAACGGUUCGCAGAAAUCGGACCUCCUUCCUCUGGCGGAGCUCCCACAGCCAAUCCGAAACACCUUGUUUGAGAAGCUCCAAGAGAUUCUGGGGGACAGAGCUGUGCUGUUGUAUCUGCAGUGCGUGGUGAGGGACACAUGGCAUCUCCUUAAUAUGCUAAGACAGGAGCUGGAGGAGCUGCGUUGUGGCAGGACGGUCGACACGGCCAUUCUUGAAGAGCUGCCGGAGAUCGUUGACCUGCACCUGCUGGACUCAGCCCGUGUCCCUGAACACACCCAGAGCGAUGUCCCCGCGCACCUGAAAGCAGCACAUAUGCUGCUCAGCGCCAUGGAAGCGACCGAAGCCACCGCGGCACACUCCUUCACACAUCCAAUACUGUUCACGCAGCACACGCGAAACCUUUUCUUCCCCGAGUCCGCUCUUUCAGCCAAUCAAAACUCAAGCAGCCGGCUAUGCAUUUACAAAAACAAAACCAAAAAAAAGCAAGCCAAAAAUAAUUUUGUUUUCUUGUCUCCACAGAUGAGCAGCGAGCCUUUCUCGUUCCAGCCGCUUCCAGGCCUGCUCCUGGACAACCAGGCCUUCCAGCAGGCCGAGCAGCUCCUGGCCUCCGUCGGCACCACGCUGACCAGAGACGGCGAGCGGCUUUGGAUGGAGACAGGAAACGACGCAGGUGUCGGCCAUCUUGUCCUCAGUCUCUGCAUCCACGGCUUGACCUUGCUGAGUGCUGAAGAGUCCUAG